CACUGAGUGGACUUUGGCCACGCAUCUGUGGGAUUUUUAAAUGUGUAUGGUCAUAUUUUCCCCGAUUUUUGCCAUUUGUGCGUUUGCAACAUGUGGAGGCUACUUUGGGCACCUCCAGGUUAAAGUGGACUGUGCAGCGAGUCGGCCGAGCAACAAGAGCAUCAUCAUUGAUUUUGGUUAUCCCUUCAGGUUGCAACAAGUGCACUUCAAGGCCCCCUUAUGUGACACAAAGAGACAAGAGAUUCUCUUCCUGAAUGGCGACUAUUCCUCAGCUGCUCAGUUUUUUGUCACAGUGGGCGUGAUCACGUUUCUCUACUCCCUUAUGGCGACCGUGGUCUACGUCUUCUACCAGAACAAAUACUUGAAGAAUAACAGAGGCCCAUUUGUGGACUUUGUGGUGACGGUGAUUUUCUCCCUGGUGUGGCUGGUUAGCACUUGCUUUUGGGCUAAAGCUUUGACUGACAUCAAAACAGCCACCGAGCCCACCAAGGUGCUGCUGCUCAUCUCUGCCUGCUCGGCUCAGGAGAACAAAUGCACUGCUGCCCAGGAGCCUCUCUGGUCCCGUCUCAACGCGUCUGUGGUUUUCGGUUUCGUCAAUGUCGCCCUGUGGGUAGGAAACAUUUGGUUUGUCUUCAAAGAGACGGGCUGGUACAAGAUGGGCCAGCGUUACCCCACCAGGAGCUCCUCUGGCAAACGGGAAAUGCGACAGCGGCUCUACAGCGAGAGCAGCUUUGAGCAGAGUUUUGACGACAGUUUCAGUGCACAGCUAUCCAGGCAAAACAGCUUCAAUCAGUCCAAGGGCCAACAGAUGUACCGACAAGGCAGUUUCAACCAAUCACAAGCGAGCUAUGGCCUAACGCAGACGUACCUUGGCCAGCCGGCCAACAAAGGGAGCACCAAGGUCCCCGUGAUAAUCAUUAAUGACAAGUGAUUUGACGUGGUACAGUAUUUAUUACGUCAUUGGAUAGUUGGUGUUGAAGUACUUGAGUUAUCUUUGACAAAUUAUUUGAAUGUCUCUCCUGGGUGGUGUUGUUUUAUAGAUAACAUUUUAUAACUAGAACAUGCAAUUCCAGUAGAAAUUGUGUGGGGAUACCACCUGAAAUGCUAGCAGUUAGCAUGCUGGCCAGAUAGCAUCAAGUAAGUAACAAAAUAUUUGACUAGAAACAAAAUAUUUGUAAACUGGCCAAAUUAGCUAAAAUGCUAGCAUCCUAAGGUUAUCAUACUAACAGUAUACAUCAAGUAACACAAUAUUUUACUGUGUGGUUUUACUGUGUGGUGUAUACCGGAAAAAAAUAGCUAAAAAUCUAUCAUCCCAAUGUUAGCAUCCUAACCAUUGAUUAACGUGGACCCCAACUUAAACAAGUUGAAAAACGUAUUCCGGGGUUACCAUUUAGUGGUCAAUUGUACGGAAUAUAUACUGUACUGUGCAAUCUACUAAUAAAAGUUUCAAUCAACAUGUUGACAUUAGAAUUCUAACAGUUAACAUGUGCGAAGUAAUAAAAUAUUUGACUCUGAGGUCUAAACCUGCCAAAUUAGCUAAAAUGCUAGCAUCCUAAUGUUUUCAUACUAACAGUAUACAUCAAGAAACACAAUAUUUUACUGUGUGGUGUAUACCUGAAAAAAAUAGCUAAAAAGCUAUCAUCCCAAUGUUAGCAUCCUAACAUGUUGACAUUAGAAUGUUAACAGUUAGCAUGUGCGAAAUAAUGCAAUAUUUGACUCUGAGGUGGAAACCUGUAAAAUUAGCUAAAAAGCUAGCAGAUUAAUGUUAACAUACUAACAGUACUCUGACACGGACCCUUCUUUCUUUAUCUACAGGACUUCUGACAUAUAUCACGUUAUUAAACACAGUACAUGAGUCCAAUUGUAGUUAGACGUGCUUUUAUUGCAACCGUGUUUGUUAUCCUGCUCUAGUCUGCUCAUUCCUCGUGCACUGUCACCCUGGAAGUUAUAUAGACUUCCGUCGUGUCCCGUGAAGUCAUAACUCCCCGAUACUGUAGUCCUUUCUUACCUAAAACCAGUUACACCACAUGCAGCAAGUAGUUGACUGAGCUGUAUACUUGCAGAAUUAGUUGAAAAGCUAGCAUCCCAUUGUUAGCAUCCGAACAUGCUGACAUUAGAAUGCUAACAGUUAGCCUGUGUGAAGUAAUAAAUCAUUUGACUCUUGAGGUGAAAACCGACAAAAUUCGUUUAAAAGCUUGCAUCCUCAUGUGCUAACUUGCUAAUAGUUAGCAUGUGUUAUGUAACAAAAAAUUGGAUUUUUGUAUUUGUAUUUGAGUUUGACACCCCUGUGUUGGAUUGUUAGUAUGGACAUAGACUUUUAUAUAACAAGCUACAUAUUUAAAGAAAGAUAAUUACUGUAAUUGUACAUGAAUUUGAAAGUAAUUUAAGAAAACAGAAAAUGCUAUGUAUAACUAAUUUGGUAUUUUUCUGUAAAAAUAAAUAGAAAUAUACAUAGUUUGUCAUUACUGGCAUGUUACUUAAAAUAACAGGCGGAUUGUUUAUUUACAGAUAAUGUCUUCAAUUCUACAGUUUUAUAAACUAUUUAAAAAAAAGUAGAAAAAUUACAGUAGAAAUUUAGAGUAAAUUAACCAUAAAAAUUUGAUUUUUUUUUUUACAGUGUGAUGUAUAUUCCGCUCUACCCCAGUAUUGAGCACUGUAUAACGGAUAAACCACAGAAACCUCGACUAUAUACAUGCAUAUAUAGAUAGAUAGAUAGAUAGAUAGAUAGAUAGAUAGAUAGAUAGAUAGAUAGAUAGAUAGAUAGAUAGAUAGAUAGAUAGAUACUUUACAUGCAGUCAGCCUUCGGCCCCUGGCCACAUUUUUUUUCACCCAAUGUGGCCCCCAAGUCAAAAAGUCUAGACACUCCUGGUUCACAUAAAUGUAUCUGCGUACAUUAUCAUUGUAUAAUAUGUCUCAUAAUGUGCAAAACAUACUUGGAAGAAACAAAUGUUCCCCAACAUACUGUGUCUCCACAUAUUUCUAAUGGACAGAAAUACAUGUACAUUUUCUGCAGUGCACGACUGUAGAACAUAGCAUAUUCAUAAAUAUGUUGACUUUUUUAAACCUCACAGAAGUCAUUUAAUGGACUUCAUACAUGCACACAUGUUUAAUAAA